CUUCGAGAUUGCGGCCAUAUAAAAGCCCUCGCAUAUACAUUCAGGAUUAAAAUGCUCUGUCUUAGCUUCGAAUCGCUGCAUACCGACGUCCCGACCGUCAUCACCACUGUUGUCGCUUUGGUCGUCUUGGUUCAUCUGGUCCCCUACCUCAUCGAUUUUCAUCGCCUUCGCUCGUAUCCCGGUCCUCUCGUCGCCAAGUUCUCCGAUACGUGGCUAGCAUGCGUGUCUUACCAGGGACGUCGUUCGGAAGUCAUUCACGAUCUGCAUAGGAAAUAUGGUCCCUUCGUCCGCCUAGCACCUAACCACAUUUCCAUAGCUUUGCCGGACGCUCAGCCACUGAUAUACGGACACGGAAAUGGAUCCCUGAAGUCAUCGUUCUACGAUGUGUUCGUUACGACAUCUCGUAGUCUGUUUACCGUCCGCGAGCGCCAGAGCCAUACUCGCAAACGGAAGAUCAUCUCACACAGCUUUUCGCAGAAAAGUAUCUUGGAGUUCCAGCCAUAUGUCCGCCGUUAUGUCGCUCAGCUGCUGGGACAGUGGGAGAAGCUGUAUGAUCAGGCUUUGAAAGGCGUGUCGGGUGAGGUUGAAGGUGACGGCUGGAAGGGUCGGGAUGGAAGGCUUUGGUUGGACUGCUUUCCAUGGGCAAACUAUGUCACGUUCGAUAUCAUCAGUGAUCUAGCAUUUGGAAGGCCGUUCGGGAUGACCGCAGCAGGCAAGGAUUCCGCUCCAAUGGCUGAGGAUCAACAUGCCGUGAUGAACUCUUAUGGACAGGUGGGGGUGAAACAUGCCUCGAGGGAAAUUCAGGUUAUCAAGACGAUAGGUGGUCCUUCGCAGACGUUCCUUGCGACGUUGGGAGCUUUGCCUGGGUGGUGGAGGUCACUAAUUAAGCUGAAUCCGCUCAUGUGGGAGGGCGGACAGGACUUCCGUGACAUUAUAGGGUUGGCAAUCAUGGCUGUAUCGAGGAGGUUAGAGGCGCCGACGGAUAGGAACGAUAUACUUAGCAAGCUGCAAGCUGGGAAGGACGAAGACGGUAAUCCAAUGGGCAAAGAAGAACUUACUGCAGAAGCGUUAACUGUUCUCAUUGCCGGAUCUGAUACCACUGCCAAUUCUACCACUGCCAUCAUCUACUACCUUGCACACACCCCGAGCGUACAGGAAAAGCUUCAUAAAGAGCUUGACGAACACCUGGACUCCGAAGUCGCUACAGCUGAACAAGUGAAGAAUCUCCCCUACCUGCAGGCGGUCAUCAACGAAGGACUGCGACUGUAUCCCACGGUAGCGAUGGGUCUUCCCCGCGUAGCACCCGAAGGUGGUAUAACGAUUCUAGGAAAUCACUUCCCCGAGGGUACGAUUCUCAGUGCGCCUACGUAUACGAUUCAUAGGGACCCAGCGGUGUUUGGAGACGAUGUGGAGGAGUUUAGGCCUGAGAGAUGGUCUGAGUGUGAUGGUGCCGACGUUUCGAAGGCAUUUGCUCCGUUCUCUGUUGGCCCUCGGGCUUGUAUCGGGCGUAAUUUGGCAAACCUCGAACUGCAGAUUAUCAUUGGGUCAAUUUUCAAGCACUUCCAUAUCGUGUUGGAGAAUCCUGAUGAGAAGCUCAAAGUACAUGAGGGCAUCUUGAGAAAGCCGGUCGGAUGUCGUGUUGGCUUGAAGAGACGCGAGGUGCUCUAGUUCAUUACGAUACGCUUCUACGAUCAUUUCAUGUGCAAGUAUACACAAAUUCAGUUGUAGAAUGCAACGCUUAUGUCUGUUUCUUCUCCUACACUGUGGUGCCAAACUUGAAAAGCGUCGUCUUUCUCCGAAUAUCAUCCUUGUUUCCGGUGAUCAUAUCAUAUGAAUAAUCCUCAGCUGUUGUAGGACAAGAAAUAUGAGGCAGUACCUUUUAAAUCUGACGGUAGCUCUGUACUUCGGCAGCUACGACGUUUCGACCCUAAUUAGUGUUGCAGGUAUGGAGCGCAGCGUUCGGUGUAGGAGCGUAAUACUGGAGUGAC